GAAGCGCAGACCGGACCGUUUCACCGGGGGAAGUUUACUUCAGGCUGUCCUGUCUGUCCGAGCCGGCAGCUCUGACAAUGAAGGGCACUGAAGGCUACGAUGAGCAGCUCCGGAUGGACGCCUGCUUCCUGUGCUCCCAGCAGAGCAUGGACUCAGACCUGGUGGACAGAGUGGUGCUGCAGCUCAACAGGAUCUACCCCCAGAUACUCAGUGACAAGGAAGCCUGCAAGUUCAGGAACAUGAGCGCGCUCACCGACGUGAGGUUAGCUGAGCUGCUGAAAGUCCUGCAGGUGAAAGGUGAAGACGCAUGUUAUGAAUUCUACAGAGCGCUCCACAUCCACGCUGAGGACGUCUACUCCAAGCUGCCCACUCGAGUCAGACACCGAGAGACGACUGACUCAAAAGGUUCUGAUGAAGUGAUGGUCGCUCAGGAGCGCUACGUGCUCAACGACAGAGGUCCAGUUUUCUUCCUCAGCUGUUUCAGUUUUGCAGUUGGCAUUGCAAUUCUCUAUUAUUAUGGAGAAGGUGAGCCUCUGAGAUGCACAGGUAUGUUUCUUCACUGGUCUGCAGUGGGACUCUGCGCGGAUGCUAAGGACAUCUUAAUCUCCCAUGCAGAGGUUGGGAAGCAGAAAUAAAGCGAGGGUGAAGGUGCUGAAAACAACCCUGUGGGAAGAACAAACAAGCCUGCCUCUUUUCUGUGCCAAACCAAUUUAACAUCUUCCUCUGCGGUGCCUCCUGGGCUGGGUCUGUUUGCUGUAAAAACACCAUUAACUCCAUUUUUAUGAAGCUUUCCAAGAGCUCCACUUUCACACUGAACAGCCCAUUAUUGUCACUCAAAUGUUGUUUUUUUGUUUUGUUUUGUUUUUUUCUGCAAGAAUUUUGAUUUUGAUUGAGAGUUUGUUGAGAGUUAUAAAAUGUAUCUCGAUGGAUGUUUUUAAAUUAUACUCUGGAAAAAUAUACCAGAUAAAAAAUGUUGCCUGAUCAAUUUGAUGGGAACAAUUCACAGCUGUUAGCAAUUUAAUUCAGGGAUUUUUAUUUUCCAAGUAGAACAGAUUACAUUAACAAGGGACUUUUUCUUGUUAUGGGCUUUAAUCAUCUAGAGAAGGGCUGUUCAGUUAAAUCGCUCUAGAGGUCACAGUUACUGAAAGCCAGUAGAACAUCCAGCAGUUAUUGUCAAUAUAUACAUUUCGUUCAUGAUUUAAAAUCUAGUUUUAUUUUAAAUGAACUCCCUGUUGAGCCAAACCAAACUCACCCUCGGGCUGGAUGGGGCCCCUGGGCCACCAGUUGAUUAUUCCUGCUCUACAGUAUUUAAUGCUGCUCAACAUGUCUCAGUUUGUUUUUAAUGCCUGAGAAGUAAAAUCAAAAAUUGGUCAAGAAUUCCCUUCUUGACAUCUCUUAAAAUGAAGCAGUGACAUUUGUUUUCCUUGUUGGGCUUAAACAUAGCUGGAUAAUAUUUAACUGCACAUGUUGUUUUCACUGACUUUUAAUUUACUCUUGUGACAUGAAGUCUUAACACACACAUGGGAAAUGGACUGGCGUGAACACGUUUUUAAAAAAACACGAAUCUCCACAGAACUGCAUCCACUAAUAUCCAAACAGCUACUUACUGAACCUUCACCUGUAUUAUAAGUGCCUUCUGUUAAAUACUGCUCACCGCUGAAAAUCAAAAGCAAAUAGUUGCGUCUACAACUGAUUAACGUUUGGAUUCAGUUUGAUUCAAGAUGGCCACCUCAGCUAAAUGACAUUAGCCAACACUAAAAAAACCCUAUAACUGAACAUUGGCCUUAACUUUGAUGUGAUAGCUGAGAGUCAAUCACAGCACAUACCACAGACAUCAUGUACAAAUACAUAUAUAAUGUCUAUGAACUUUUUUGAUCCUGCAUGAGCCUGAUGAUCUGAUCGGACAUAAAAGGCUGUGGGUGAAAAGUGUUUAAGGAAUGACAAGCCUUGAUUCCAAAAGACAUCAUUCUGUUUAAGUGAAAGUUCAACAUCUUUUGAUGCGUGUUGUUGUAUAAAAAGUGUUUUUUUCUAAAAUAAAGCACAAAAUGACACAUUA